CGUCGCUGUCAUUUCCCACAAACGGAUUUCACUGUUUCGACGACGACGCAUCUCGGCAAACAAAUUUUACGUGUCCUCCUCUCUACCCUUCCGAAAAGGAAAGAAGAAAAGCCCCCCAUCAUGUCCUACCCUCCUCCACCUCCCACAGGCUAUGGUCCAGGCAGCGUCCAGUACCCCGGGCAGAACGCGGCCUACCCACCGGGCGCCUACGGCCAGCCGCCCCAGCAGCAGCAGCAGCAGCAGCAGCAGCAGCCCCCGUAUGGUGGUGGGUACCAGCAGCCACCGUACGGCGGGUACCAGCAGCAGCAACAGCCGCCGCCAGGCCCAUAUGGCCAGCAGCCCCCCUAUGGCGGCGGGUUCCACCAGCCCCCUCAGUCUGGGUACGCGCCCCCGCCGGCCCAGCCCUAUGGCCAGCAGCCCCCGCCACAGGGGUACGGCCAGCCGCCCCAGGGAUACGGGCAGCAGCCUCCACCCCACAGCUACGCCCAGCAACCACCACCUCAGGGCUACGGUCAGCAGCCCCCUCCUCCCCAGGGCUACGGCCAACAGCCACCACCUCAGGGCUACGGCCAACAGCCACCUCCUCCUCAGGGCUAUGGUCAACAACCCCCACCACCCCAAGGGUACGGUCAGCAACAGCCACCACAGCAGGGUUAUGGCCAACAGCAGCCACCACCCCAGGGGUACGGCCAGCAACAGCCGCCGUCGCCGCACCAGGCUGCGCCACCACCACCGACGACGCAGCAGGCACCGCCCCCACAGCGCUCAGCGCCUCCACCGCCAGCCAGCAGCGGCAGCGUUGGCGACGUGACGAGCAGCAUGCAGAGCAUGUCUCUGGAGCCGGUUGGGCACCCGACGGUGCACCCGUACCCGAACUUCAACGCUGAAGAGGAUGCCAUUGCUCUCCGCAAGGCCAUGAAGGGCAUGGGCACGGAUGAGAAGGCGAUUAUCGACGUGCUGACCAACCGCACCGCCGAGCAGCGCCUCAAGAUCAAGCUCCAGUUCAAGACGAUGUACGGCAAGGAUCUUGAGAAGGAUCUCAAGUCCGAGACGAGCGGGCACUUUGAGGACGUGCUUGUUGGUCUUCUCUACGACCGCCCCCACUUUGACGCUCGCUGCCUCAGGAAGGCCAUGAAGGGCAUGGGCACUGACGAGCGGGCGCUGAUUGAGGUCAUCUGCACGCGCACGAACCAGGAGAUUCACGCCAUCAAGGCCGCGUACAAAGAACUGUACGGUCGUGAUCUUGAGAAGGACAUUGUGUCCGACACGAGCGGGCACUUCAAGCGCCUCCUCGUCUCAUGCGUCCAGGGCAACAGGGAGGAGUCGGCUGAGGUUGACAUGGCCAAAGCCAAGCGCGAGGCUGAGGAGCUGUACAAGGCCGGCGAGAAGCGCUGGGGCACCGACGAGUCAAAGUUCAACCAGAUCAUUGCGCUGCGCAGCUACCCGCAGCUGCGAGCCACGUUCCAGGAGUACCGCAAGAUCUCGUCCUACGACAUUGUCCGCUCAAUCGAGCACGAGAUGAGCGGUGACCUCAAGAGCGCUUUCAAGGCCGUGGUGAUGUGCAUCAAGGACCGCCCCAACUACUUUGCUGAGCGCCUCUACAAGGCCAUGAAGGGCGCCGGCACUGACGACGAGACGCUGGUGCGCAUUGUCGUUUCGCGAUCCGAGGUGGACAUGGUGGAGAUCAAGGAACGCUUCUUCGACACGUACAACAAGAGCCUCGCAAAGAUGAUCAAGGACGACACGAGCGGUGACUAUCGUCGCAUCCUCAUCGCUCUCGUCAAGGAGGGCUGAUCCCCAAUGCCACCACCCCCCCCCCCAUCCCAAUGCCUCCACCAACACCUCCUCCCGUGCCCUGUUCGUGUUGCUUCCCUCCCACCGCUCAUGCCAUCCACUUCAGUGAGAUGAUGUUUGUGUCGCUGCUGUUGUGCGGGUGGUGAUGACCGUGACGGUUGCGUGCACUCGUUGUCGAACCUCCUCGUUGCCGUCGCGCUCGUGUUUGCUCACGUGUCGUGUGCUGGUGAACGUGGUGUGCGUGUGUGUUUCUCUGUUUCCUACGCUGCUCUUGGGUGUGCUUGUGUUCACUCUUCUCAUGAAUUACAACGUUGUUGCCCCAUCGCUUCAUUGGCGCGACGAGAAGGAC